CGCCGCUCAGCAUGCAGAAGGACGCCUCCCCGCACGGCUUCCGGCCGGGCUUCCAGCACUUCGCCACGCAGGCCAUCCACGAGGGCCAGGAGCCGGAGCAGUGGAGCUCGCGGGCCGUGGUGCCCCCCAUCUCGCUGGGUUUUGAAUAUAGCCGUUCCGGAAAUCCCACUAGGAAUUGCUUGGAAAAAGCAGUGGCGGCCCUGGAUGGGGCUAAGUACAGUAUGGCUUUUGCUUCAGGUUUAGCAGCCACUGUUACUAUUAGCCAUCUUUUAAAAGCAGGAGACCAAAUUAUUUGUAUGGAUGAUGUGUAUGGAGGUACAAACAGGUACUUCAGAGAGGUGGCAUCUAAAAUUGGAUUAAAGAUAUCUUUUGUUGAUUGUUCCAAAUCCAAAUUGCUAGAGGCAGCAAUUACACCAGCAACCAAGCUUGUUUGGAUUGAAACCCCCACAAAUCCGAAAUUGAAGAUAAUUGACAUUGAAGCCUGUGCACAGGCUGUUCAUAAGCAUGGAGACAUCAUUUUGGUCGUGGACAACACUUUUAUGUCAGCAUAUUUCCAGAGACCUUUAGCUCUGGGAGCUGAUAUUUGUAUGCAUUCUGCAACGAAAUACAUGAACGGCCACAGUGAUGUUGUAAUGGGUUUAGUAUCUGUUAAUUCUGAAAGUCUUCAUAAUAAGCUUCGUUUCUUGCAAAAUUCUCUUGGAGCAGUUCCAUCUCCUCUUGACUGCUUCCUCUGCAAUCGAGGUCUGAAGACUCUACAAGUCCGAAUGGAAAAGCAUUUCAAAAAUGGAAUGGCAGUUGCCCAAUUCCUAGAAUCUAAUCCUUGGGUAGAAAAGGUUAUUUAUCCUGGGCUGCCCUCUCAUCCGCAGCAUGAGUUGGCAAAGCGUCAGUGCACAGGCUGCACGGGGAUGAUCUCCUUUUACAUUAAGGGCACUCUUCAGCACGCUGAGACUUUCCUCAAGAACCUAAAGUUAUUUACUCUGGCUGAGAGCUUGGGAGGAUUCGAAAGUCUUGCUGAGCUUCCGGCAAUCAUGACACAUGCAUCGGUGCCUAAGAAUGAAAGAGACAUCCUUGGAAUUAGUGACACACUGAUUCGACUCUCUGUGGGCUUAGAGGAUGAAAAAGACUUACUGGAGGAUCUAGAUCAAGCUUUGAAGGCAGCGCAUUCUCCAAGUGGAAGUCACAACUAGUAUUCCAGAACUGCUAUUAGAAGCUGCUUUCUGAGAAAAUCAAAUCUUCUGAAUAAUUGAAUGGACCAUUAAUGAGCCUUUGUAAAAUUUUCAAGUGAGAAUUUUAAGGUGCCUUUCACACUGUAACCUUUCAGGGAUCUUCCCUGUUAAAAACAGUUUUCUGUGUAUCUUAUUAUAGUUGAUAGGUCAAUUCUGUUAAUAUCUUUUUGAUAACUUUGCUCUAUAUUUGGCUCUGAAGGAGGUGAGAUCAUGUUCUUUUUUUCAUAAUCUAAGAUUUAUUUUGAUCAUGUUUGCAAUAUAAUAGUAAGUUGUUUUCGAUGUCUUGUGAAGAAUUUAAAUUAUUAAAUGAAUGUUCUUAAAUCAAGUGUGAUCGUUGCAUGAUGUUGAAAAGAGCAUUGAAAGCAGUAGUUUACAUUUAAUUAUUGUAAGCCAAAAAUCAAAUACUUGAAAAUUCUACUGUGAGAUUCUACUGAGUUAAAGUUGUGCUUAAGAUUUUUUAAAAAAAUAAAUCUAAUUAUCAAAUGCA